UCAGGCAGAGCCGUGAGCGAUCGUGCAUAACAGGUGCUAUGGGCUUGCCACACCGAGGGCUCCGGAGACCAUCGAACCCUAAGAAACGCGGCGAUGAGAGCGAUGGGAGGGCGUGGCAACAACUUCGUGACGUCACGUCCACGCCGACCAAUCGCCGCUCGGCUCAACGGUCGACCGCGUUUGAACGAGCCAAUAGGGAGACGACAAUGGGGGUGUUGCUGGUGGGGGUCGUUUUGGCGGGAAGUGAUCAGCUGUUCGGCGGGAGCGACGAGCCGCCAGUUUUCAUUCAAUCGUCGAGUCGUGCGGUUCGUUUCGUUCGUUCGUUCGCACGCCGACUACCGCCAUCAACCCGUUGCUGCAGGCGCUCGUUGGCACGGCCCAGCUCUUCCCGCUGCGUCUCAUGCUGAGGUCAAAGGCGGUGCGUCCGAGCGGGCGGCCCUCGGCGCGCGUGGUCACCUGCUCGCCCCCGUCGCCUGCUCGAGGGCAGCUGAUCGGCAAGCCGGGCGAUGUCCCCGGUGCGGUCUCCGUGCCGCUCGCCCCGCGGCCACGCGACCGCUCCCCGUCGCCACUUCGUGUCAGCGAGCUCUCGCGCCAGGCAGAGCGGCGCUCGCCCGGCUCGACGACGGGGGGAGGGAGAGACGAGGAGGCGGAGCGACACUGCAGGGAGAAGGUGCAGAGGCUCCGGGACGAGGUGGCGGCCCUGACGGACGAGCUGGAGGCGGAGAGGGCAGCACGAUCCACAUGGCGGGCGGAGGAGGCCGCGCCCGGCACCGCGAGGGACACGGACGGAGGCUGCUCAUGCCGUGGUGACGUCUCCCCGCCGCUGGCCCACGUUCUCCGAGACUCUCGUGGAGGUGACGCGUCUGGCAGCAGCACAGGGCGGCGGCUCCUCAAGGCUCGAGGCUCGGUGCUGAGCCGCCUCGAGGAGGCCGAGGAGGGCAGCAGGGAGGUGUGCCGCUACGCGGCCGCUCUCCGGGACGCUGUCCAUGACAUCACGCACGGAGGUGACUUGACCUGUGCAGAGGCGGCCAGGAUGGAGGUCCUUCUGUGCAGUCUGGUGAGCGUGGAGGCCGCCUAUGGGGCCCUCGGCUCGCUGGCACGCAGGCAGCAAGCCCAAGAGAAGGAAAAGUUGUGCCUGCGGGACGAGGAGACACUGCUGCUGAAGAAAUUCACGCAGUCGCAACUCGACAACGAGAGGCUCUCGCAGCUUCUCCAGGAAAAACAAGCGCACGUGCAGCAUGUGACCACGCAGCUGGAGAUGCAGAAGGACAGAGUGCGCGUGACCGCGUGGGAGUCGCGGGAGCUGGAGGGCGAGCGCGCUCGUCUCCAGCGGCAGCUGAGGAGCCGCGCGGCUGACGGGGACCGCAUGGCGGUGCGCCUCUCCGUUCUGCAGAAAUCCGUGUCGCGGCAGCGGGCCGAGGCGGGGCGCCUGCGCCGCGAGGUGGCGACGCGCGCCCGCGAGAGGGAGCCGCUCAAGGCGGCCGCGCGCUCCUACAAGCGGCGAGCGGAGCGCGGGGAGCGCGACGCGCGGCAGCUGGGGACGCGGAUACGGGAGACGGAGGAGCGCUUGGUUGAGGCGUCGUCUGCGAUGGGGAGCUGGCGCCGCCGGUACGACGAGGCGAAGCGGGAAAAGGCGGCGCUCACGGCUCGAGCGGAGCUCCUCACCAACCGGAUCGAGAGGCUGCAGGACGGCGUGCGGGCUCUGGAGGAAUCUCCCUCGGGGCGGCAGGAGUUGGCGGCGCUGGCGGCCGAGCUGGCGCGGUUCCGCACGGACAACGAGGCGCUGCAGUUGGCGCUGCAAGAGACGGAACGGAGGGAGAGUCGGCGGCAGGAGGAGGUGGAGGCGCUGAAGGGCGCCCUGCGCCAGCAAAGCGACUCUGCCAGCCAGCUCAAGCAGCAGGUGGAUGCGGUUCGUGAUGAGGCCGAGAUCGCCCGUGCCAAACUGGAGUCUUUGGAGGCUGAAAAUCAUCGGCUGCAGCAGCAGCAGCAGCAGCUCACGGAAGCUGUGGAGGUGGCGCCGCAAGAGGGGGCGGCGCAGGGCGGGGACGUUGCUGCUGGCGGCGCGAGGGUGCGCAGGCUGCGGGGCGAGGGGGAGCAGCCGCGGGGCGAGGGGGAGCAGCUGCGGGGCGAGGGGGAGCAGCUGCGGGGCGAGGGGGAGCAGCUGCGGGGCCUCGCGGAGGAGCUGGAGAGCGAGGCUGUGGAGGCGGAGCGCCGCGUCUCAGCGCUGGCUCGCACGCUGGACGAGCGCACGGCGGCGCUGGCUCAGGAGGAGGCUCGGAGCCGAGCGGUCGAGGCUCGGCUCGGCAGCCUGCAGCGCCAGCUCCGCACGGCGAGGGAGCGAGCGGACGUGCAGGUGACCCAGGCGAGCGAGGAGGAGGCCCAAGCCGAGCGGACCGCUGAGGGCCACGUGUCCGAGCUGAGAGCCGAGCUGCGGAGAGCACAAACCCAACUCGAGCGCCUGCAGCGCUCGGCCCAGCAGGCGGAGCGCGAUCGGGAGAGCGCGGUGGAGGAAGCAGUGUCGCGGCUGAAGAGAUCUCGCGACGGCACGGGCUACCUGCAGCGCUACGUCGGCGUCCUGCGCGGCUCGUACGAGCGGGUGUUCGGAGGCAGCCUCGCCAUGCCCGUGCCACCACUCUCCCCCGUGUGACAACAUCAAGGAAGAAGAAAGUAUCACGCAUACGCACGGAUUUUGUGAUGCUUUCCCACAGCGCCCGUUGGUCCUCGUAAGUAUUUAAGUAGCGAUACUUAACAUCCGCUCCGACAUGUCGCAUGCAAUGAUGUUACAUGCAAAACGAUGCCAUUGCCUUGGUUAUGGGGCAACCUUUUUGAUCAAUUUGGCCGUUCUUCUCUUGGUAAGCUCCGAAUAGCAACACAACUUUCAUUCGGAUUGCAUCUUGAUGGGGCAACUCCCACCCGACCCUCGAGACAAACGGACAAACAGCAGACGGAGCAAAUGCAAGAAUGCUUUCAACCUCUGUGUGAAAGUGUUCAAAUGCAAAAAAAAACAGAAGUUGCCCGGCGAAGUUGAAUUGCGAGUGGAGAAACGUUCCUUGGUAACGCUGCCCCGCCGAGGUGCUGAAAGGCGUUCGUGCAUGAUUUGUCCACCCAGAACGAGGGGGUGGGGCCGUACACCGGUGCAGCAUAACACACGGGGCCUAAUACACCGGUCCUCAUAAAACAGUCUAAAAAUCCAAAUUUGAGCUGACGUUCGUCUUCCAACUGUUUCGACAUCACGAGAAACGAUUUUGACGCACCACCAUCAACCCGCGAGAUUUUCUGACUGGGCUUGCGAAUCACGGGAAAAUAAACAAUUAUUACGGUGUACCGCCAGUACGUUCGAAUGUGCAAACAAUAUUUGGUCCCAACACUACCCAUCAACUUCUGCACUGCUUUUUAACGUUGUUUAAAUAAUUCUGAAAACAAACCCAUUAAAUAAUCCCUUGCGUUUGCACGAUUUUCCGUAAUUUUUGGUUAUUAUUUACAACCCCCUUGUCAAUUCACGACUGAAGGUGUCCUUAUGCCGCGUCGGCCAUUGGGAGUCGUCUGGCCGCACUUCAGCACGCUGAUCAGCGUGGGUUGCUAAAAGAUGAUGGGUGGGUGGAUGGGGGGUGCGGCGUCAGGGCUGGUUCGGAUACCACCACCGAUGUCAGCCGUGGCUGGGAAUCAAACUCAGGUUCUUGGGUUCAUAGCGCAGUGCUCAAACCGCUGUGCCGGUCCUCCGCGGUUAAAUGCUUAAUGGUACCUUGUGGUGGCAUACUUUUAAUGACGAAACCCAGUGAUGUGCCUUUUAUGUACGUGUGUAGCCAUAAGUGAAAAAAUGCAAUGUACUUUACCUGUCUCAGGGUGUUUAAGUGGGGACAGCUCAAUGUUGGCUCCUCAAGUAAUGUACAUGAUUUGAUGGUGAUGCUGUGAUUGGCGUCUAUUAAGUUUACAAAUAAUCGGUUUGACUUCUGUGUGUAAUGUAUGGAGUACUGCUGUAUCGCUGUAGAUGUGUUUAUCAGGUUGUACUGUGCUACAAAUUUAGAAGCUCCCGAAACUUCGGGCCAGGUGGUGAACAACCCAACUUGAAAACCUUCGGAGAGUCGUGUAUGAUUUUACAAUAUUUACAUGUUCAUAUAUUUAACUUUACUGAGAUUUGUGAGUCACUUAUAUUAAGGGCUAUUGCAAAAUGAACAAUUGCAGACUUAUGAUGCAUUGUUUUUAAUGUAGUGGAUUUAAUUAUUUGCAUUUUAAAAAAAUUGUCGACACUCUGGGACCAAAGUCAGUGGAGAACACAACCCUGAACCACGUGAGUCCGUGCCAAACCCAGAAGCAUAAUGGCAUCUAGCAAUGAACUCUUGUUACAACUUAAUCCAGGAAAGGUUUGCCAAGUCCCAAGACUUUCAGGAGGUUCCUGCCAAGCUUUUGCAAGGGGGGAUCAAUGUUUGCUCUAUGUAAUCCCAAUUAAAUAAUUUGCAGGUAA